UCGAGAUUUAAACUUCAGAUUACGCCACUGAAACAGAUGUAACUCGAAUUAGCUUUUGCAAAGUUUUGCCACAUUUCCCUUCCUACCAAAGUUAUCUUCUCAGGGAUUGCCACACUUUCACUCCCAGUCAAUAAAACUGAGUAUGAUUCUGUAUCUGUCUCUAUAAACGUAAAAAUGUAACAUGGAAAAGCUUUACACUGAGUAAAUGGAAUUAAAGAGGCAUCAUGAAACUUGUUUAGGUGAAACUUUUUUUUAUCCAAAUUUUUGUACAAUCAAGGUAAUUGUUUCCGCGAAAAGCAACUCAAUUUGAAAUUGCAAGGAAUCUUCAACUUUAAGUGUGUUUAGUUGUGAAAAGUUUUUGUGAUUAAAAUUGUUUACAAGUUCAUCUCAUGGAUUAACAGUGAAUGUGGAUUAAUGAUUUCAUUCAAUUAACUAAACAUGUUUUGCUAAUUAAAAAUGUUCUGAGUUUUUUUCCCCUGAAAAUCAAUUGAAUCAUGUUAUUAUUAAUGAUAAAGCUUUUAUUCUUGUUAACACAUAUUUAUCUAACAACUUGUUUACCAGAUAACAGACAAAGUCCCAUUUUUGUUGGAACCUUUACUGAGCAAAUUGUUGAAAGAAAAAUCAGCUUAUCACUAAAAUGUUCAGCCAAGGGUAACCCUUUACCUCAGAUUACUUGGAAGCAAGAUGAUCAGCCAAUUAACGAAGCAUAUCACAUCCGAAUUGGUGAUUACGUUAGUGAUGUUUACACAGUCAACAGUUAUGUUAACAUAAGUUCAACCAAGACAGACGAUGGAGGCUUUUACUCGUGCAAAGCAAGUAACAUUGCAGGAAGCCUUCAACACACGGCUCGGAUCAAUGUACUUGGACCACCCUUCAUCCGACCAAUGGCCAAUCUAACAGUUUUAUCAGCUCAAAACAUUCAAAUAACUUGUCCCUACUCUGGUUAUCCAAUUAAAUCAGUGACAUGGUUAAGAGAUGGACGAAAGUUGCCUCAAAAUCACCGGCAAAAAGUUUUCCUCAAUGGAACCUUUGUGAUAAACAAUGUUGAAAAGGGUGCCGAUGCCGGUCAAUAUCAGUGUGCUGUUACCGAUGAAGAUGGAAGGACAGCAAAACGAGACUUAUUCAUCAACGUAGUCGUCUCACCAAUAGUCCAGCCCUUCUCCUUUCCUGUCGACCUAGUCUCAGGACGACGAGCAGGUGUUGCUUGCAUAGUAUCGGCCGGAGACUUGCCAAUCAGGAUAACAUGGCUAAAGGAUGGAGCAGUCAUUCCCGAGUCUCUCAUGCCCAUGGUUGACACCAAAGACUUUACUUCUUUCCUGACUUUUGAUAAAGUGUCACGAUCUCAUCGGGGAAACUACACUUGCCUUGCCGAGAACCCGGCCUCAACCUCAAACUAUACUGCACCACUAAUUGUCCAAGUGCCUCCAAGUUGGAUUGUUGAACCUAAAGAUAAAUCUGUGAUCAAAGGUAAUUCAUUAACAUUGGAUUGUCAAGCUGAUGGAUCACCAAGACCGAUUAUCCGUUGGAAAAAAUCAACUGAUGGCGAAGAUUUCAAAGUUGUCAUAAGUAAUGCCCACAUUCAAACCCUUGAAAAUGGAUCGUUAACCAUUCGUGAAGUGGCCAAAGAGGAUGCCGGUCAUUACAUGUGCCAAGCCAUGAACGGAAUCGGUCCUGGUGCGAGUAUGGUUGUUAAAGUAACAGUUGCAGUUGCUGCUCACUUUGAGAAAAAAUUUGAAACUCAUACGGUCAAGUUGGGUCAAGAUCUGACAAUCCGGUGUGUUGCUAUUGGUGAUAAAGAUAUUCAAAUUACAUGGAGUCGAGAUAGAAAAUUAAUUAACUCAAAUAACGAACCAAGAUAUAUAUUUGAACAAAUUGAGAAAACGGAUCGAACUGAAUCGAUAUUUAAAAUAAGAACAGCUGAAAGAAGAGAUUCUGCUCUAUUUACAUGCCACGCUGAAAACAAUUAUGGUAAAGAUAACAGUAAUUUUCAAAUUGUUGUACAAGAAUCGCCCGACUGUCCAGUAGACCUUAAAGCCGAAGAUGUUGGAAGUCGUUCAUUUGCCUUAACCUGGUCCCAUCCCUUCAAUGGCAACUCACCCAUUUUGAGUUACCUCUUAGAGUACAAGCCUUCAAAGUUUUACAGCUACUCUACUAGUAAAGGGGUCAACAAGGAAGUCCUUCCCGUAACGGGAGUCAGCCAUGUGAUUAAAGGUUUAGAACCUCAGACAACCUACCUUGUUACCUUGAGUGCUCAAAAUGGUUUGGGUACAAGCAGCGAGUGUCUUCCCUUGAGUGUAACUACUGAUGGUGAAGCUCCGACUGGAGCACCUCGAGACAUCAAAGUAGUCCCAAUAUCAUCCACUAGCCUGCAAGUCAACUGGAAACCUCCAGCCGUGUCUGAGCAGAAUGGACCCAUCUUGGGUUACUAUGUUGGCUAUCGACAGCAACGUUCACCAGAAGAGUUUUCAUACAAAACGAUUGAUGCCACUUCACCUUCAUUUUCAUACUCGACUACAUUAUCUUCCCUCCCUUCAAUGCCAUCCCCUGCAUCUUCCUCGUCAUCUUUUCCUUCUUCACUGGAAGACAAAAAUUUCGAGGAAAGUUGCCAGAUAAAUGGAUUACGCAAAUUGACUCGUUAUCUAAUUAUUGUCCAAGCUUACAACAAGAAAGGUGCUGGUCCACCUUCAGAUCAGAUUGAAGCCCAAACCCUUGAAUAUGAUCCACCAGAAGCACCAACUCUUAAGGUUGUCUCAACAACCUUUAACUCUGCCUUACUUUCAUGGGAUAUUAAUGAUGAUAUCCCAUUAGAUCCAAUGUCAGGUUACAUUGUUUAUCAUAAAGUUGAAAAGGGUGACUGGGAGGAAAUAUCGAUCUAUGCCGAUAAACUUAAAUACAACAUUAAAAAUCUUUCAUGUGGUAAACGAUAUCAGUUUUAUAUUGUUCCCUUUAAUUCGGCAGGUAAAGGUCAACCAAGUGAAGUUGUUUCAGCCAAAACUCUUGGAACAGCUCCAAUUGCUCCUGAUUUACAUGAUUUACUCACAGUUAACUCUACCUUUGCUCUCAUCAAUUUAACCUCUUGGACUUCGGGUGGUUGUCCAAUUUUAAAUUUCAACGUUCAAUACAAGGUGAAACAUUCUCGUGAAUACAUUCUCGUUUCAACCAACAUCAUUCCCGACCAACGAAUGGUAAUCCUAAGUGACUUGUCACCAGCUACUUGGUACAACGUGUUCAUCACUGCACACAACGAGGCUGGAUCAACCGGAGCCGAGUAUACAUUUGGCACACUAACAGCAUCAGGUGAACCCAUUCCCUAUCCAAGUCAAGAGAACCUAGAAGACUUGGCUCAUCAGUUGAAAAUUGUGAUGCCACUUGCCUCAGCACUGGUCGUCUUGACACUCAUUUUGGGAGUGAUUUGUGCCAUGUUUAAAAAGAGGCAAAACUUUCACGCAAACCAACAAAUUCCAGGAGAUGGAGUUGCUUGUGAUGGCAAUAAAUCAUGUGAAUCAAUGCCUCUAUCUGAUUGGGAUAAUACAGCCAAGAGACAUUCACUUCGCAACUCCAACUCGGAUGAGCCAACAAUGGACUUUUUUGCAUCCACCAACAACCUAAAAGGAAACCGUCAUCUAACCGGAGUCGGAGUCACAACCGGAGGAACACUGAUUCCCAAUACAACAUCAACAGGGUCAACAGCCAACGAGUCAAUCUACUUUCCAUCUCCGUAUGCCUUAAGUCGUAUAUCAGCCUAUGAAAGGAGCUUAAACAAUGAAGGAAGGUCUCACCCUCAGCAUCAUUUGAUAGUCAAUGGUGCGCCUAACUCACACACUUAUGAUGUUCCUCAUAAAAAGUGCCUCAUCAAUCCAGGGAAUCCUAAUCAUGGAACGUAUUGGGACAAAAUAAAUCCCCGGAACAUUGUCUAAUCGAUUUAACCAGCUCAUAAAUGAAGCUCAUCAGCCAACAAUCCAACUCACCUUCACUACUCGUUAUCAUUUCCAUCAUUCCCUGUUACUCCAUCAGCAUCAUUUUUAUACACUAUUUUUGUUACUCGCCAUCCAAUCCCUGUAUAUCAUUACUUCCCAGUAAACAUGAAACAACAUAUUCAACUUGUUAUUUACCUUUAACUCUGUUUUUCUGUUCAUAUCAUUGUUACUAUUAUUAUCAACAACAAUAAUACAAUUGCCAGAGCUUAUUAUUACUA